CAGCAAUGCCUGUUUGCUGAUUCUGUUGUCUAAUAGCACGAUUCGACUAUAGACAGCAGACCACAGCAUCGGACCCAACUAUGGCGAUCGCAGCUGUUGGGCAAAUAUGCUCGACUGCAUCCAUGACACAUAAUUUGGCGCAAUGUCAGACCUUGAUUCGCAAAGCUGUGGCAUCUGGCGCAAAGGCCCUCUUCUUGCCCGAAGCAAGCGACUACAUUGCCUCGUCUCCCGCCGAAUCCGUGAGCCUCUGUCAGCACGUAUCCAAAAGUCCUUUUGUUCGUGGCCUUCAGCAAGCGGCAAGAGACCACUCGCUGGCCAUCAAUGUUGGAAUUCACGAGCCUACGGACCCACCGUCACAACGGAUUAAGAAUACACUCCUGUGGAUUGAUCAAGAGGGGGCGAUUGUACACCGAUACCAAAAGCUACACGUCUUUGACGUCGACCUGCGACCGGGGGGACCCCUAAUUAGAGAGAGCGACUCAACGGAGCCGGGCCAUGACAUUGUUUCCCCCUUCAAGUCAAGUCUCGGCCAGGUAGGUAGUCUUAUCUGCUUUGAUCUGAGAUUUCCGGAACCGGCGCUUAGGCUGCGCCGGUUCGGCGCAGAUAUCAUCUUGUACCCAUCAGCUUUCACGGUUCCCACAGGGAAGCUCCACUGGGAGAUUCUACUGAGAGCCCGUGCGGUCGAAACUCAAUGCUGGAUCAUUGCAGCAGCGCAAUGUGGUCGGCACAACGAGAAACGCGUUAGCUAUGGAGAUGCUAUUGUCAUAUCACCGAAUGGCCAAGUGGCAGGCCGCCUUGACCAUGUUACUGACAUUGAUCGCGAGGGUGAGAAUGGGCGGGAACCUGAGAUACUGACCGUUGACAUUGACUUGGACCUUGUGAAAGAUGUCAGGAGGAUGAUCCCGUUGCUUCGAAGAACAGACGUAUACCCAGAGAUAUAAU